UUGGUGCGGUCCGGCAGCAUGGCCGCCGCGUGGAGGCGGUGCUCCGCGCUGUUGCGGGCCCUGCGCAGCCCGGUGCGUCCCGGGGCGGGGGACUCGGGCCCCGCCUGCUCCGGCUGCCCCCUCGGAGCUAAAAGAUAUCUGCUUACAGAUAGUGUUGUGAAAUUAAAAGAAUUUCAGCAUAAGAAGGUGGCUAUUGCAUAUAAUCUUCCCGGCACCAAAGAAUCCUAUCUGAGAGACUUGCAAGAGAAGUUGACCCAGAACAAGCUCAUCUUGAAGGAGGAGUUGAGAACUCUGCUUCAUUUAUGCAAUUCCCGGGACGAUGUGGAGCUGGCUAAAAAUGUCAUUUACAGGUACCACGCGGAGAAUAGAAAUGUCACCUUGGGGGAGUAUAAGUUUGGACCGCUCUUCAUGAGGUUGUGCUACGAGCUGGAUCUUGAGGAGUCUGCAGUGGAGCUCGUCCAAGACCAGCAUUUACGAGGUUUCUUCUCAGACUGCACGUCAUUCAACCUUUUGAUGGAUAUGUUAUUUAUCAAAGGCAAAUAUAAAAGUGCACUGGAAGUGUUGAUUGAGAUGAAAAACCAGGACGUGAAGUUCAGCAGAGACACCUACGUCCUUGCUUUUGCCGUUUGCUACAAACUGAAUAGCCCUGAGUCCUUCAGAAUCUGCACCACGUUGAGGGAAGAAGCGCUCCUCAAGGGAGAUGUCCUGUCCAGGAGAGCAUCCUGUUUCGCCGUGGCGCUGGCUCUGAGUCAGAACCAAGUGGCAAAAGCCGUAUCCAUCUUUUCUCAAAUCAUGAAGCCAGAAAGCAUAAUCUGCACUAAUUUGAAUGUUAUGAUCCACAUCCAGUCAAAUGCACCAACAACCCUGAUAGAGAUACUAAGGGAUGCCACAGAGGGAAACUUAUCCAGGUUUGUGAAAAGACACGAGUUCUCAGAAGAAGUGCUGGCCAAAGUGAGGGAAAAAGUGAAGGAUGUGCCCGUCCUCCUGGCUCGAUUUGACGAGAUCUAUGGGAAACUGCACGUAAAUGGCCAGGUCACCACCUACACUUUGGAUGCUCUGCUCUGCCACACUCCCCGGGACAGGAAAUCCCACACGGUGCUGUUGAACAAGAGGACGGUCAGCCGUCGGACCCUCCAGCCGCUCAGCCAGUCCCUGUGGGCUGAGUAACGCCCGUUCCAACCACCCAUGGGUCUGAGGUGGAGGGAUCCUGCUUGUGGUGAGUCACUGGCUUCCCGAGAAAUCGGGCGUCGUACGCCAGUGGACACUCUGCUCAACCUGCUCUCCUCCUUAAGUUGCCAGCUUCGUUGAGGGCUGGCAUGCUGCCCUGGGAGGUGCCUGUGGCCGCUGUGAAGAUGUGGAUUCCAGCAGGCAAGGAGCUCACCUCAGAAAGGAGGCUUCCCCUGGUGAGCUGCUGGGCGUCCUUGAAGGAACCCAGUCACCAUCGCCAGUCCCACUUCCGGUGCCGGAUGGAGCCCCGUGAGCGCCCGUGGGAAGGAGUGUCGCUGUGCAUGGCCAGCUCCGACUCGCUUUCAGGGGCGUUACUGCGGGUCACACCCAUGCUGCGCUCAGGAGCUCUGGCCUGUUCUGCCGCUGGGAACUGGCCCAGCGUUUUCUCACCUCUGCCAUCAUCGUUUAUCUGUGACCCAAAGGAAGGGACCUGAGCCCUCCCUCUUCCAUCUCUGAAAUAACGGAGGCUGUGUGAGUCAGCAUAUCGAUUCGAAGUUUCCAUUCAAGGUUCAGUAGGGUCCAAUUUUCUCAAAAAUAAGAGGAAUAAAAGGGUUCCAGAGAAGAUAUCUUGGGGUUAUGCUUUGUUUCCUCAGCAGCAUAAACAGAGCCAGAAGUUAGCUCUCAGGAUUGAUAACCAAAAUUUAAAUGAUUGCUACAUCGGUCAUGGGCAAGCCAUGUGCUUCUUAAAAUACAUGCCAAUAAAACCACAGAAUGCCCUCCAGAGGCCCUGCUUGGUGUGCUACGUGGGUCACAGAUAUUUGGCCUGCAGUCCAUCUCUUUUCUCUUUCCGUGUUUUAUCCUUUUGUAGAAGUGAAUGUGUUGGGACAGCAGGUCAGAGCUCCUCGCACUGACCACGAUUUGACGGUUUGAAGCACAGCCCCUGGGGAGCUGUGCCUAUCGCUUCUGACCCCCAAGCCGUGCCAGCCUCUCCUCCUAGGGUGCUGUAGGCUCGCUCAUCGGGGCUGCUUCAAAAACUAAGGCAGCUUUCCCUUUGUUGUUCUUCUGAGUCAAGACCUGUUCGUGGAAUCGGAGAUUUAGAGUGGGAGGGAUCUUCCGGGUCUCCUGGUUAAACUCCCUCAUCCUUCGGUUGAAGAAGUGACUUGUCCAAUUACUAGUAACUAGUCUGAGGUGGAGCUGCGAUUAAAUCCAGAUUCCCAGGCUCGUGCCCUCCCCGCUGACCACAUCACGGCUCCUCGGAGAGGCUGUGGGCUCCCUCCACCUACCGGGUGCCAGGCACUCACCUCAGUUUCCUCAUUUGUGGAGUGGGGAGGAUAGUGAUGCCCCUCACAGGCCUGCUGGGAGGGUGGGAUGAGGCAGUGGAUGCACAGUAGGUGCUGUAGAAACGGGGGCUAGUUAACCAUUGUCCCCACGGUCGGUGACAUGCAGGUUUGCAGCAAGUAGAAGAACAGUAUAAACAGAGUUCUUCCUCCUGCUCAGAAAUAUCAAAAGAAUUUUUUUUGCUUAUGCUUUGUGAAGUAUUCGCCACUUGUAAAGAAAAUUCUCUGCCUUCGUAGCAUCCUAAUUGCAUCUUGUGUGUGUCUGGUGUUUUGCAAAAAAAGGGAAAAGCAUUUGGAGUUCUCUGCCUUCAAAGUCUGAGGGAAUAACAGAGCGUGCUUCCUGUCCCCCGUUUAUCUUUUAUCUUCUCCAGCAUUCCCCAAGAGCAUUCAAAUGGCUAUUGUGCCCUGGGUGAAUGUGGCCCUGGUUGUUAGCUGACAACCAUUCAUUAGCCAUAAAAAAAAAAAAAGAAUUUUGUGAGCAAUAAAUAGCAGGCAUGACUGUCCUGGCCUGCUGCUCUGGGGGUCCGGCGACUGCGCUGCUCUGCUCUGCUGGCUGCAAAGCCGGGGCUGCCCACCUGUUCCCCAAGUCUUACUGAGGCACCCAAGGACAGUGACAACUCAUGUGUAAUGUUGACCCCAAAGUAAUGGAUGGUUCUGACAGCUAAAACAACCCUCAAAGAAAAAGUAUGCUCAGUAUAUAUGAGCAUUUCAUUCUUUAAAAUUUGGUAGUUUCUUUGAAAAAUGGUGUUUCUUUGCAGUCGAUACUUUGCCUAAAGCAUCUACUUACUCUUCAGUAAUUUGCCUAAAGCAUGUACUUAUUCUGCUGAUGAGAAUAUUCCAUUGGACAGGACAUCGUAUUCCCCAACUCUGUUAUGGCCUGUGUAGAUUGUUUUCACUUAUUGUAAACGUCCAUUGCUCCAGAAUCCAAAAAUCAUCAUGACGAGUACAGCGCAGUAGGAUAGAGACGAAAAGAUAGCUCCUUAAGUAGGUGGUGUCAGGGUGGUGUUCUCGUUACCUCUUGCUGUGUCAGAAACACUCCUGACCUUAGUGGCUCAAAAUAACACCCAUCGUUUUAUAUUUCCCCGUAUCCGUAGACUUGAGGGGCUCAGGCAGGCAGUUCCUGCUCAGGGUCUCAUGUGGCUCUGGCCACGUGUUGGCUGGAACUGGAGUCACCGCAGGGGCCGCCUCACUUGGGGUCCCUGGCAGCUGAGCUAGGACCUCAGUGGAGGCUGGUGCCUGGGCUCGCCAUGGAGCUCCCAGCAGCCUGGCAACCAGGUACCAGGAGGGAGUGUCCCAGGAGGACCAGGCGGAAGCUCUUGUCACCUUUUAUGACCUGGUCUCAGCAGUCACAGAGCAUCACGUCCACUCAAGCCACAGGCCCAUCGAGAGUCACGGGACAGAGCACACGUUCCCCCUUUCAGUGGUGGGAACACCGAGGGGCUGAUGGUCAUGGUCUAAACCCCACAGACAGUUUUUUCCAGCAAGCUCUUGGAACUUCUCUCCUUCCCCGUUGCUACUUCCCUAACUAAAGCCACCACCAUUGGUCGUCUUUCAGCUACCCUCUCUGCUGCAGCCGGAGGGAGGUUUCCAGAGCAAAUUGGUCCUCUCCCCUGUUAAGACCUCCCGAGGGCCCCUCACAUCGCCGUGGAUAAAGCUCAGACUCUCCCAAGGUCUGGAGGGCCCGCGUGCCCUGCCCAGGUGUCCAGCCCGCUCCUGCUGCUCCACCCCCUCCUCCCUCCCGCCCUUCUUUCACAUCAUGGCCUAGCCAUCUCUCCUCCGGGAAGGCUUUCUGGCCACUUGGUCUCCAGUCCGGGUAGGUGAGCACCCCCUGCUCCCCUGUGCUUCCCCGGCCAGCACUCGUGGUACACCUGUCAUUGCCCGUUCUCUGUUCUUCACCAGAGUGAGGCGCCGUCUGUCUCCUUCUCCACUGUUCGCCCAGCACGUGGGGAGGAUGCUGAGGCUGAGCACUCACCCGCUCGUUUAUCCUGUGUAACGAUGUUGGUUGUCUUCACGACCCCGCUGUGAGUAGCUUUUUCCCUCCAGUGCCAUCUGCUUAGUCCCAGACGCUGCACACUUAGACCUGACUGAUCUCUCCCUCAGCCUGUUAUGUAUCCUUUUCUCCUCCCACCCAAAAUGCCCUCACUCUUACUCUUACAUCCCUUUCUGCCCAUGUUUCAAGAUUCCACUCAUGUGUCACCUCUCCCAUAAGGCAUUCUCAAGCCAUAGAACCCGUAUGGACUCUCCAUUCAUUCAUUCAACAAAUUGAUACUGAGGACCUCCAAAGGACAGGGCAUGAAAGGCUCUUAAGAUGCCCCAGGGAAAAGACUGAUGAGAUUCCUUUCCCAAAGCACAGCAUCUGUAGCCUGCCAUGUCCAACGUAAGGACCCUUUGGCCUAGUCAUUUCCUCUUUGCCUCUGUUGAUAGUACUCAUUACAGAGUGAUCAAAUCCUGCUGAAGAAUGGACUCAGUGAUGAAAUAGACAAAUCCCAUUCCAGUUUUUGCUAACAGUUUUGUUGACGAUGACCCAAGAAAUUAAUACACAUUUGAACUAAUUGAUAAUGAACGUUACUGGGAAAUUAUAAUGGGGAGGUAAAGCUUUAUCUGCUCCAACUCAGGUAGGCAAAUUGUAGAUUUCUCUGUUUCUUUGCAAGUGAGCAAAAAUUUCCUCUGCCCCCUCUGGUUACACUGAGCAGCUGAGAGGAAUUCCUGGGAGACUUGAUCUUGCUUGAAGGAUCUCUGGAGCUUGGUGUGUUUAGGUCGAGGCCUCAUCUUUCUGGAGAUGUUCCUCUCACCCCUUUUCAUAGCCAAGAUGACAGGGAGUAUAAGGCCGUGGUUCUCCAGCGUUAGCAGGCAUCAGAAUUACCUGGAGGGCUUGCCCAAACCUGGAUCGCUGGGCCCCACCCCAGAGUUUCUGAUCCAUGGGUCUGGAGUGGGGCCCAAGGGUGUGCAUUUCUAGUAAAUUCUCAGGUGCGGCUGUCGCUGCUUUGGGGAUGUUAAACCACGGUUGUAAGAGGAAGCUUUUGUUUCUUCAUGUGCACAGGAGCCUGGGGCUUCACAUGCAAUUUCCGGGCCCUCUCUGGUCUCUGCUGUGAGGAGCAGGGACGAGCAGGGCAGGUGGCCUUGUCCCUGGGUUCCGGAGCCAGUAUCUGCUGAGGUCAUGCUGGCACCCGCGGCUGAGGUCUGUACCUGUGCUCAUAAGGACCUCCACUGUGAGGCUGACCCAUCCCAACCCCACGCCCCCCAACUGGAUCCGAUGAAUCUGGAGUCACAGGGCAUUAUGAUUUAAGAUCAAUGAAAAAUAGAUCAAUUUAGUGUUUCCACAUUUUAUACACACACCCCCAUGUAAACUAAGGCAGCGUGUGGCAAAACAGCCCAGGGCUGACAAAAACAACUCAAGAUUCACAUUUACUUUAUGACAUUUCUGUCUACAGAUUUGACUUGGGAAAAUUAAACUGAGUAGAUAGAAUAGCCAUUUAAAAAUCACAGUGGUAAAGCUAUGAUCAGAAAGUUUGAUAUGUGUUAUGCACAAAAAAAUGUAUGGGAACCAAUUGAUCCCAAUGGAAAGAUUUCAGAAAAGUAAAAAUAAAAAGAUAUUUUUAAAAAGGAAA